CUGUGAGAGAAAUAUGUGCAAGUUCCGCAUUCAGCAAACUUCAAGCUGUCAGGUUUUUACCAAGACUUAAAAAGAAGUGCUCUGGAGUAGCAAAAAAUGUACAUAGUGUAAUCUAAUGAACAUCUAGACAACAACUGUUCUCCAGGUUUUAUGAACAAAUCCUUUGCUGAGAGCAUCAUCUACACUUUAUUAGUGAACUAUACGUUAACCUGCUUAUAGGCAUCGUCUAUGAAGAGGACACCAUGAAAUCCAUUCUCACUACAUGUGCACUAUUUCUGGUACUUCCAUGGAAACUAACUGGUGAGACAACCCUCAGGCCAAGAAGCACCUGGCAGCAUACAGUUGCUUUUAAAGAUCAUCAAACAACCAAAAGUGAUGGGGAACCGACCAAUUUCUCUCCAACAAACAUGCGUUCUUUGAAACCAAAUAAUGAAAUAACCAACAGCACCAUGCUUCAAGAAGAUAUCUCUACAGAUCACAAAACAAACAAAAGUGAUGGGGAACCAACCAUUUCCUCUCCAACAAACAUACAUUCUUCGAAACCAAAUAAUGAAAUAACCAACAGCACCAUGCUGAAAGAAGGUAUCUCUACAGAUCACAAAAACAAAAGUGAUUGGGAACCAACCAAUUUCUCUCCAAAAAGCAUGGAACUUACAUUAAAACCAAAUGGUGAAACUACUCACAAACCAAAGAGUACUAGUUUGCAUAAAGGUACCUCCAAAGAUCAUGAACACACAACAAGGGGCAGUGAGGAGUACACCACUGAAGAAAAAAAAAGUGUCUUAGCUUCAAAAUCACCCCCACAAACUUCAGUACACCAAGAAACUCCUGCAAUGACUAAUUCUACAGAAGAAAGUAGAUCCUCUUUAAAUCUGUCCUCCUUACCUUUCUUGGAAGAACUUACUCAAAAAAAGACAAUUACAACACAGCCACCGGAUAUUUCGAAAGAGGUCAUUACCACCAGGGACAAACAAUUUCAAACCAAAGACGAUAAUUUGAAAUCCACCAAUAAAGGUCUUGAUAGAUACACUCAAGGAAACAGAACUACUAGAUCUUCAGACAAAGAAUCCUUCACACCACAGACUGAUAAGUCUACUCCUUUCCAGAAACCUCCAGAGGUUAUCACAACUACAGAAACACUGACUAAAGAAUGGUCUUCACAUCACCUAGAAAAAGAAAUUACUCAAACUACAGCGCUAAAUAUCACUGUCUCAAAUGGAAUUUUGAACAUUAGCAAUCAAGAAAGAAAUGACACAUCCACCUACCCCCUCAACACAUCGACUACCACUGGUUUUUCCACUGAUCUUGGACCAACUGUUAACACAGAGGUUUCUACAUGGGAUACUACUGAUACCCUGGUUACAAAUGCAACAUAUGAAAUCACCACAAAUGGCAAGAUUAGUGAGAGAACACACUACCCCAAGCCUAUUAGUGAAAUCACCACCACAAUUCAAAUGGAGAACACCAAAAGUAUUAAACCAAACCUCUCCAUCAAAGACGAUCAAAAUAAUAAAAAUCACCCAGGAUUCAUAGUAGCCUCCUUGAUCGGUAGUAUCCUGUUUGUUAUGUUUAUAGCAUUUGUGGUCGUUUUGUUAAGAAAUCGUCAAAUGAAGAAAAAGAAGCUGGAGAACACUGACUGGGCUGGACCUUCGCCAUUCAUAGAUGGUGAUAACCUACCAAACAUCAAUGAGGAUGGAUCAUUCCACAGCCGGGAGUCCAAAAGAAUUUCCCUCAACUCUUUCCUUCCCCAACGGCUUUCCAAGCGAUUCUCCAUGUUAAGCCCGACGGAUGAGGAGGUCCCCCUUGAGGACAUUCAAGUAAGCAGUACGUUUGGACAACAAAAUGUCCAAUCACUAAAUGAAAAAGCAACACCAAACCAAACUCGGACACAAGGCGCAAACAAUUCUCCUACUGAAAUCUCUUCAGACUCCAACAUUCCCAAGUUUGUAAGCAUUCCUCCAGCUCCUGAAAACAAGGAGAAUAUCCAGACAGCACCUAAACCUGAUGAUGAGAUCGUUCCGUCUACACCUGCAGAGAAAAAAAGCAUCACUCCAACAUCAUUUGAAGACGUGGAUCUUAACGGUUCUCUAGACAAGAAUAUUGAAUCCGCAUUACCAUCAGAUGCUAUACACAUCCCUUCUCCACCACCACUACCAUCUUAAAAUGGCAAGCAUUUUGUAAAAAUGCCUUUUAAAAUGAAGCAGCUUGCUCAAUUAAUACCCCAAAAAAAGAAGGGGGUCUCUUUAUGGCAAAUCUACUGGUUUCAGUGAAGUUAAUUUUUUAAUUUUCGUAGAUCAAAUGUGAACCCCGGAAAUAUAAAAGUGUGAGAUUUGUGGUCACAUUUAAUAAAUAAGACUGGAGCACAAACACUUCCUUUCAAACUGCAUGAGAGAAUUUGACUGUUUAGAAUGUGACUUGCUCCAAACUCAUUCUGAUUUUAGCUGCAGCUUCAGCUAGCCACUUACAGCAAUGUUAAGACCAUUUUUAAACACAAAAUCAACAUGUCAUUUUUUUUCCUCCUUUAAAUGAUCUAUUGAACAGUUCCUGAAUUUAAUCUUAUAAAAUGUUUGCAUGUUUGCACUUGCUAGCCUGUGGUGGGUCAACAUUUGGUAUCCUGAGCAGUAUGCUGAGUUCCAAUACUGUCAAGAAAGGAUAUGCAAUGAAAAGUAUUUAAAUGCCCUGUGCUUGUAUAUGUGAUAAAGUUUAUUUCUUUCUUGCUAUGUAAAGGACAAUCUAACCUAAAAUGACACUUGUUUUGCUCAUUGUA